AUGGGCAAGAGAACCGCGUUGUUUUUGGUAUGUCUUGCGGCGGCGGCAUCCGUGGGGUGGUGCUGGGGUGAGGACGCGGUGGAGAAUUCGAAACAGGGAGCAAAUUUGGCUGCCGAUAACAUGAAGAUCCGGGCGGAAGACGCCAAGCGGAGUGCUUCAGAGGCCAUGCAGGAUGCCGCCGAGAAGAAAGAUUCAUGGACUGAGUGGGCUGUAAAUAAGUUCUCUGAGGGAUUUGAACUGGACAAAGAUAGUGCAAAAGAUGCAGUUCAAAGGAUCGUAGAGAAGGCCAAGUUUGCUGCCUCAACAUCCACGGAUACAAUGAAUUCCGCUGCAUAUGAGACAUCGAAGUAUGCUUCUGAGAAGGCAAAUGACGCAGCAGACACAACAUCUGAGAAAAUCAGUAGUACCAAGAGUUACGCUUCAAAGAAGGCGGGAGAAGCAAUUAAUAUGGCAUCUGAUAUGGCCGAAAGCAGAAAGGAUAAAACUGAUGAUGCCCAUGAAUUUGCCUCAGAUAAGGUGAGUCAAGCAAUGGAUAAGGGUUCAGAUAUGGCCUAUAACGCAAAAGACGCUAUAAAAGAAAAGGCAGAAGGAGCCUAUGAUAUUGCUUCGAAGAAGGGACAUGACUUGAUGAAUACAGCAUCCGAAAUGGGAAACGAUGCCUAUGUUAAAGCAGGUCGGUCUAUGAACAAGGGUUCAGACAUGGAAAGUGAUGCAAAGGAGAGUGUUAAGGAGUCAAUGGGAGAUGUAAUAUCCAGUGGCAAAGACAGCACCUUUGAUAGGUACGAGGAUGCCAAAUUGAAAGCACAUGAUACUUGCGUGUUUGCAAAGGAUUCCAUGAGUGAUGAGGCUAAAGGAAAAUAUGAAGCUGCCAAGGAGAGAGUUUCAGAAGCUGCAGGCAAUCUAGGAGCGAAAAUGAGAACCGAACGCGCAGCAGAGUUGUGA